UUUCAAUGUUGCUAUCAUUCCAGCUCUCCACUAUGGACCACACAUUUUCUUGGUCCAUACUAAACAAGGACGUAUUUAGAAGGACAUAACCUUCUCCUCUCAGGGAACCACUCACAAAAUUAGAACCAGAGAGCUUUCAAUGAUGAAGCACAGAAAAAUAAACCAGGAAGGAGUCCUCAGAGUCACCAUGAAAGGUCUCAAGAUGAGAACUGUUCUAAAAGCAGUUAGAAACCAUUCCCUUUUCCUCAUCAAGCAACUUCUUCCUGGUUUCAUCUUUGCACUGCUUUGUUUAUACUUUUAUCCUCUUUCACUCACUUCAUAUCCAAGAACUGAGCUUCAUCAUUCCAGCCAUAUCAUCACCUGUAUUUCCUCCAUUUCUUCUGGUUCUCCUCCUCUUCCUGAGCUUCCUUCCACAGAAACUGAGCUUUCUGUUUCUUACCAAAUCACCAACCACUCCACUCUUUCGGGCUCUCCCACUGAACCUGAUAUUUCACUUACUCCAUCAACUCCUCCAGUAAUUGUGCUUCCUCAUUCCAACAACAACACCAACUACUCCUCUGUUUCUGAGUCUCCCCCUCUGUUGCUUACUUUAUCUCCACCAACUGAGCUUCCUCUUCCUCUCAUCAUCACCAACAACUCCUUUAUUCCUGCUUCUACCCCUUCUCCUCCUCCUACUCCACCUCCAUCUUAUUCAGCAGGUAUUUUAUUGUCAGAGAAAGACAAAGAUCUCCCUCCUCCGCCUCCUCUUUAUUCAGUAAAGGGAAAAGUUUAUGAGAAGCAAUGUGACUACUUUAAUGGCAAAUGGGUUCGUGAGAAGAAAGGCCCUUUGUACAAUGGUACCACUUGUGGUGUGAUCAAAGAAAGCCAUAAUUGUAUGGCUAAUGGGAGGCCAGACUCUGAAUAUCUUUAUUGGAAAUGGAAACCAAGAAGGUGCCAUCUUCCGAGGUUUAAUCCAGAGGCUUUUCUCCAACUCAUCAGGAACAAGCAUGUAUCGUUUGUUGGAGACUCUCUAGCUAGGAACCAAUUAGAGUCCCUUAUUUGCAUGUUGUCCACUUUUGAAACACCUAAAUUCAUCUAUAGAGGUAUAGGCUGGUGGUAUUUUCCUUCUUACAAUGCAACCUUAUCAUCAUAUUGGGCCCCAUUUCUUGUGCAAGGUGUUCAAAGGCAACUAAGAGGGCCAGGACCACGUCAUAACACAAUGCAUUUGGAUCAAGUUAAUGAGAAUUGGGCAAAGGAUGUGGGUGAAAUGGACUUCAUUGUGCUAGCAUUUGGGAAUUGGUUUGUGGAGGUUCCUUCAAUUUACCAUGAGGGUGAUUCAGUUUUGGGUUGCCUAAACUUACAUCGUCCCAAUUGCACGGAAAUUGGUUAUUAUGUGCCAAUAAGGAAGGCUUUGAGGACUGCUCUUAAUAGUAUAAUUGAGAGGAAAACAGUGAAAGGAGAUGGAAUUGGUGUCAUUGUGAGAACAUUCGCACCUGUUCAUUUUGAAGGUUCUUGGGAUAAAGGAGGUACUUGUUCAAGGCUUACACCAUAUAGAGGGAAGAGGAAGCUUGGAAAGAAUGAUGCCGAGAUUAGAAGAAUUGGAUUAGAAGAAAUGCAAAAAGCCAAGGACAAAGCCAAAUAUUUUGGAAGGUAUUUUAAGAUUAAGGCAUUAGAUGUAACCAAGUUAUCACUAAUGAGGCCAGAUGGGCAUCCAGGUGCUUAUGUGAGUCCAAAUGCAUUUUCUAAAGGGGUGACAAAGGUUGUGCAUAAUGAUUGUACCCACUGGUGCUUGCCAGGACCUAUAGACACAUGGAAUGAGAUUUUCAUGGAGAUGGUGAAAAAGUGGGAGCAAUAGCUGAUGAUUGAUGAGUGAGACAAUUCCUCUUAUUACAUUAAUCUUUCCAUGUACAGGUUUUUAUUUUGCUUACCUCUUCUUCCAUAAUGAAAUAUGAGUGUAUUUAAUUUGGACACAAAUUUUAGUUAUAGAUUUAUUUGAUCAAUUUUAGUAAAUAAGUUUAUCACACUAGUUUGUGGUAUUAUUCAAGACUCAAGAGUGUCACACUGUCACUUUGAAGUAGUGUUAAAGCUUGCACUACUAAAUGCUGAUUAGUGUAAUGAUGAUUUCCGGAUAUUGUAUUUCAUUGUAUCUAAAUUAUAAUAAAAAGAAUCUUCUGUUCC